GUUUCAGACUCUCAAAUAAUGUUAAAGUUUUGGCAAGUAGUAAUAGAAGUGCAAGCCCUCCAGUUCCCCAAAUAGAACCAGGAAUCAGGCUUUUGUCAUAUUCACUCUCUCCUGGAAACAAUUAAUUGCUAACGAUUGAUGUGCAUAUACCAAUCAAAGAACGAAUAAUAAAUUCGUCCUUUUUUUUUUCCAUUCAUUUCAUCUUUUCUAAUAUACUUCUUUGUAUUUUAUCUUCCACCUUUAGAUUGUCACACAGAAGCCAGAAAUAUAAACAAACUUGUCAAAAUAAAUACGUGAAAAUCUAAAUGAUCAAAACAAAUUAGAACUGGAGUAGAGUCUUAAGAGAGAGAGAGAGAGAGAGAGAGAUGGCAUGGAGAGAUUACAGCAGGAGUAAUGUGGUGCCAUUCACAGCCAUGGUUGCCGUAGAAUGCAGCAAUGUCUACACAAACACACUAAUCAAAGCAGCAACUUUGAAAGGGAUGAGCUACUAUGUCUUAAUUGUCUACACUUUCGCCAUUUCCACUCUUGUACUUCUCCCUUUGUCAGUCAUCUUUCGCAGCGCGGCAGUGCUUUCUCUAAUCAAGUUUCCUCUCAUGCUCACAAUCUUCCUACUUGGACUAAUCGGGUGUCUAGCGCAAGUAUUUCGAUGCAAAGGUAUAGAGUACAGUUCUCCUUCUCUUGCAUCAGCCAUGAGCAACCUUACACCAGCAUUUACUUUCAUCCUUGCCAUCAAUUUUAGAAUGGAAAAGAUAGCUUUGAAAAGCUUCAGUACUCAGGCUAUGAUCAUUGGAAGUGUAGUAUCAAUUUCAGGAGCAUUGCUGGUGGUUCUUUAUGAAGGCCCUACAAUUUUAUCAGCUGCAUCUCCAACACCAUGUACUUCACUCUAUCAAUUACAUCCAAUUUCAUCACAAUCAAACUGGGUCUUUGGUGGCCUCUUCCUUGCCACUGGGUUUUUUCUUCUGAAGAAAAUAGAAAUGUUACAGACGCAAGUGAUAAAGUUUUUCCCGGCAGACUUUAUUGUACUCUUCUUUUGCAACUUGUGUGCUACCAUUAUAUCUACACCGAUAUGCCUUAUAGCAGAACCAAACUGGAAUGCUUGGAAGCUAUAACCUGAAGUGUCCAUUGCUGCAAUUAUAUAUUCGGGAUUUUUCGCUUCACCCUUCAGUGGUGUAAUUCACACAUGGGGUCUGCGAUUUAAAGGGCCAGUCUAUAUAGCAACAUUCUGUCCCCUGCCAAUCGUCAUUGCAGCUGUUGUGAGUUUCAUUUUUCUUGGAGAUGCUCUGUUUCUUGGAAGGUAUACUAGUUAGGUUCCCUUUCAGCAUCAAUUCAAAUACAAGUAGCUUUAGUUAUAACAAUUUACCUUUUUUUUUCCUUUGUUCCGAUGAUUUUGCAGUGUAAUUGGAGCUGUUAUCAUCUCGGUUGGGUUUUAUGCAAGGCAAGUAAAUGAAGUGGAAAUAAGAGUGGGAUGGAGGGGAAAAAGGAUGAUAAAUAAGCUUUCAAGAAAAUAAAUAAGACUUCCUUCUUUGAUAUAAAUGAAAAUUAUAAUGCAAAAUUACAUACUUUGAAAUUAAGUUUUAUGUUGCUGCCU